AUGGCUUUCAUUCGACUAUGGCGCUUCUUCGCUUGGCAGAUCCUCCUCACUUCAGUUCUUCCCUCCAUGAAUCCCCCGUGUGAGACAGUGAUGCUUCAAAACGAAGAUUGCCAGUACGCAUGUCACCCGGCACCGACUUUCGGUCCAGCCCGUCUCGCACACUUCCAGCACAAACGCCAGAUUGACUCCGCCACCAAAGCCGAAGUCAGACUCGGGCCGACCUUACAGUCUCCGUCGUAUGUCAACACCACCGAAGUCUACACAACUGCUUCUGCCACCGGUGCGGCUGCCAACAACACUCAACCCACGACUUUGAAUUCUACAAUUCCAGUUUCGUUGCACGGGACUGAUCACAAGUCUACAACCUCCGACCUCGGAUCCCAAGCUCUCUACCCAUCCUUCAGUGAGCCUUUCUCAUCAGACACAGCCUCUUACGACGGAAAAGGCAACGGCGCCUCUUCUGCUUCCUUGCACGACGAAGACGACUUCGGAGUAACCGCCAGCUGUGCUGUCCCAAAUUCAAGCUCGCUGUACCACUCCCAGGACUCCGAGCCAGAUAAGGACCAGCUUACGACUAUGAUAAUGGCAACCACCGAGCUGAUGACCGUGACCAUGACGAAAGAUACUACGAGCCUCAGCGUGAGCGUCAUCACCAGCAUAAAAGUCAGCACGAUGCACCAUUCCAUGUCCUACACCAGCACCGUCACCACGACAGACUCGAGUGCCGUGGGUCAUGUAACCUCAGCAUCCGCACAUGCAACCAGCAGCGGCCCCAGCUCAAAGCCGUCAGCAGUAGCGGCGGCUUCCACCACUGCAUCGCCUCUACAUGCAGCUGCGACCAACAACGAAGUGCCAGUAGCCGCGAUCGCCGUCCCCGUGGCGCUCGUGGCCGCCGUGUUGCUUCUAGCACUGCCCUGCUGCGUGCGGCGAUUCUCGCCGAAGUUGUGGGCGAGCUGGAAUUCGCGCUGUCCUCUAGAAGACCUGGUCGCGGGGCUGGCCGCGGUGUGGCAGCGGUGGAAGCUGGUGAGGGCGAGGAAUCGGGAGUUGAGAAGCAAGGGGUUCAGCGGCCCUGGCACCGGCGGUGGGGAGGCGCUGACGGGAGAUGGGAGGAUGGAGGAGUGGUGGAGAGGCGGAGCGAAGAGUGGAGAAGUGGUGCGGGAUGGCGGGAACGGGUGGUUGGGCGCGUGGCGGCGGCGGAAGGAAGGGGAGUUGGAGGCGGCGAGGGAGAGGAAGAUGAUGGAGGAGCGUUGGGGUUUGGUGACCGCGGCGGCGGAAGGGGGUGUUGGCGAGGGAUACGCGGCGAGGGUGGAGCGGGUGAGGGGGGCGGAGUUGAGGAGAGUCAAGGAGGGGGAUGGGCUGUGA